UUUGACUGCUUGUUUUGAAGUGAAGGCUAGCUUGACUGCUGUACCCAGUCCUAUAAGGAGUGAGCUGACUUGCCAGGCUCUUAAAACAUACGAUGACACAAACAUGAAUAUUGCAAUCGCUGUUUUACUAAUGUGUGUAACGUGUGCUUGUCAGCGCGUCCGUUUACAAGGGAAGUUGCGUCACCUUUUUCCGGGAUGAGGCAUCGCCUUACCUCUCAUACCUGAACGGAGAUGGGACUUCAAGUUCUGCUAUACUGGCCAAAUAUUAUCGGAUACUUCAGGAUUGGUCUUGUGUUUGCUGCCUGGGCUGCCCAUGAGACACCUGCAACCUUUGUCUUCCUUUAUUCAAUUUUCAUAGCACUCGAUGGAGUGGACGGCUGGCUGGCCCGGAGGCUGGGGCAGUGCUCCAGGUUUGGAGCCUGGCUGGACGUAGUGGUGGAUAACCUGGGUCGAGGCCUGCUGUGGAGCCUGCUGUUUAAGUGGUCCUGGCUGGUGUCCGCUGUGGAGUGGUGUGUGUUUGUGUGUAACCACAGUGUCCGAGGGGACCAGUGGAAGAACAGUUUCAUCAGCAGCCCUCGACUCAUACAAGCCAUCAUGGCAAACGGGUUUCGGACACUUCUUGGAACAUGGGUGGUAAGCGGGCUGCACUGCCUCCCCCUGUGGCUGUAUGGGUAUCAGACAGGUUUACUCUCCCACUGGCUGCACCUCCCUCCCUGGAUCCAGGCUCUAGGGGCCUUGCUGCUGGCUGCAGGACGCCUGCUGGCUCUAUCAGCAGAGCUCUGGUGUAUUUGGACACACAUCGAACACCUCACCGAAGAUGAGCCGGAAGACAAAAGGGAAUGAAAGCUACUCAGAAGAAUCAGCCUAUAAUGUCACAUUUAAGCUGGAAUAAUGCAGAUUUUAUUCCAUUAUAUUUAUAUGAAAUCUGGCCUCAGGUCACAUUUUUCUGUAUAGGAAAACACAUUCAGCUAUAGGGAAAUGUGGAAAAUGAAAGAUAUUUUUCUAUUUAUUGACUGUGAUUUGCUCCCAACCCAGAUUUUCCCUCCCUGCUGCUCAUUUCUGUCUAGCUUUAUGGCCUCAAACACAUUUCAGUACCAAAGAAUACCAAUAAAUGCAUGAAUAUUCUAGAUUCCGUAGAUCCCAUUAGAUUGUAUUUUAUCUUAAUGUGAUAAAAGAAAGUAGUCAUAAACCCAGAAUCUUCUCAAAAACCUUCAACUGGGAUUUGUCCUACUCUUAAAGACACCUUUUCUGGACAACUCCCUUUGUUAUAACCAAUCUCUAAACUGCCAGUUUCAUGUCUCCACUCAUUUAAUACAAAAAAAGUAAAACUCACUUUUUCCUUUUUACCUCUUCCCUUAAGGGGAACUACACAUAUUUAAAAAUGUCUACAUGAUAUUUUCAUGGCCUAAGAGUACAUAAUAUAAGUAAACAUGAGUAACACUUUCCCAAAUCAAGAACCGGUGCUAAACUAGAAUGUGUGUUGAACUGCUCUAUAAACAGUGAAUUAGGAAAGACAUUUUGGAUGACACUGAGAACCCCCAUAGGAACGUGUUCUGAGUAUGUGGGUACAUUCUCUGUUUCAAAACAGACAACCCUACAAUAGGAUAAAGUUCAUUAACAAAGGGAAAACAAAUAUUGUCCCAUUUGCUGUCUAAGGGGAAGUUCACAUUGCUGACGCUUCUAUGUUAUUUUCAAAGAGUACCUCAUGUUCACAAAUAAUGUUUCAACUCUCCAAAUUGAAACCACAUAUUGGAAUUCUGACAGUAUUGUUGUCACUAUGUAAUGUUAUGUUUUUGCAAAGCACCUUGUAACCUUUUUUUUGAAAGAUGCUAUUUAUAUAAAGAACCUGUAAAUGCUUGUUUGCACCACA